AUGCGAGAUCUUAGCGGACAACUCAGCGCUAUUCUCUUGCAGAUCAAGAAAGCAAAGGAAACCCGAAAUCUCAAGUACACAACGACACAGAAGCCAAAGCCAAAAGUGACAAUUCUUCGGAACGUAAGCCUUGUUCAUUUUGAAAAAACUGCCCGUGCCUUCCAGGGUUCCGCUAACCAAACCAAUGACGGAAGAUACAACUUUGUCGCAACUAUAACCUUAGUCCAAGAUAAUGGAAAGAAUAUACUUGUGGAUACUGGCUUAGGUACAGACAUCAAUGCUGCGCCAAGCAUACAUAUUGUUGUUACGACACAUGGCCAUCCGGACCACGCUGGUGGAGUGCAUGACUUCCCAGAUGCAAUCCAUUAUCAAGGAUGGUAUAUCCACCAUAGAACUAUGUUCAACCUAAGCAACCUCUUUGAAAAUGAACGACAUUCACUAACAGAUAACGUCCACUUGAUGAGAUCAACAGGACAUUCUUCGGACGAUGUCGCGGUGGUAGUCUCUGACGAACAAACGAUGGGAAAAGUGAUAAUUGCAGGAACAAAAGCACAUUCCAAAAAACCUUUACCCGAAGACUAUAGAAAUUCACAAAGGAUGAGUAUAUUGGCAGUGGCGGCCCAGGAUUGUCGUUCGAGCGGAGGGGGGAAGGGG